AUGUUACUUUUCGCGCGCUGGCCAGGGACGGCAACAGCUCACACCUCUAAAUUCGUGGGUAUACAGCUUAAAAAAAAAGAAAAACAUUUGAGAGACGUCGAUGUAUCCCAAACAAGCGUUUUGUCCGAGAUUAAGCUUAUUCUAGCGCGUAUUGGCUUAUUUGGAGAUUACGAAGGCCGCGAUUUCACGAUGUACCUCAAAUAUCGUGCACAACUUGGUGUGAGAUUCAGACCUUCGGGUUCGUAAAUGCCAGAAUCCUCCUCAUAAAAAUCGGAGACAUAAAGUGAGAGAGAGAUGAAUCUGCAGAUGGCAAAAGAAAUCAAAGCUGGUGGCGAGUCUUUCUGGUGGCGGCAAGGUGACUGUAAACCUAAAUAGAAUGCCUACUGUAGCUACUAUCUUAGAGUCGACAAUGAAUAAGGAAGAAGGGCAAGAAGAGCGCUUAUCUGAACAUCAGUUUUCUUAACUGGUGAUUUGUGACUGAGAUGAACUUUUAUAUCAUAUGAUUCCUAAGGAUACGCAGGUACUGUAGAGGCGCUCACAUAGAUAGAGGUGGGCGAUCCUCCCUCUGACUUAAGAACUGCGACAAGUUUAUAGCACAGACCAACUGGCACAGUUUGAAGCACCUCAGGGUCUCACUAGGUUUCAGCAAACUAAUCGUAGAAGCGGUUGGUUAUCAGCAACGUGCACAGACUUCUGAACGCGGGUCAUCGCGAGAACUAUACCCAAUCCGUCAUAGACGGAACAAGAAAGCGAGAUAUUCUCGCUAA